ACUCAAACACUCGACACAAUGACUCGCAGUUGCAGUGAUUCAGCACUUAAUACACACUUCUAUCACAACUGUUUCAUGUGAUUGUCUUCGCACGCAUACCAUCGCAACAAGAGCUGCCAUCACAACGAUUAUGACAGUAAUGGCCACAACAGCCACAACCGCCACAACAGAUGCCGUGCGGGAGAAGGCCCUACAGGACUACCGCAAGAAACUGGUCGAACACCGCGAGAUCGACCACCGACUCAAAGAGGUCAGGGAAUCGCUGAAAGAAGUGAACAAACAGUACGAGAAGAGUGAGAACGACUUGAAAGCACUGCAAUCCGUGGGACAGAUUGUCGGCGAAGUCCUCAAACAGCUGACCGACGAUAACUUCAUAGUGAAGGCGACGAACGGACCGCGAUAUGUGGUCGGGUGUCGGCGACAACUCGACAAAAGCAAACUCAAAGCCGGCACUCGUGUGGCACUAGACAUGACUACUCUAACUAUAAUGCGUUAUCUUCCGCGAGAAGUGGAUCCGUUGGUGUACAACAUGUCGCACGAAGACCCGGGAGACGUGAACUACUCAUCCAUCGGUGGUCUCGGCGAACAGAUCCGCGAGCUUCGGGAAGUGAUUGAAUUACCGCUGCUUAACCCGGAGCUGUUCGCUCGGGUGGGCAUCACUCCACCGAAGGGUUCUGUUCACUUGUCAGAGACCAAACUUCUUGACCAAUUUCCGGCUAUCAAUAGCCGCUACUCAACACUGAAGGCGCCGACAGUAAUGAACUAUGCGCUAACCACCGGUGCUCCUCAUCAUCACUACAACCAUCACCACAACCAUCACCACAACCAUCACCAUAACCAUCACCACAACCAUCACCACAACCACAGCCAUCACUACUUACAUAUAUAUAUGGAUUCAACUCAAUCUCAACAAAGAGUUCUACAAUAUUCUUAA